ACGAUAAAAUUUUUAAGAGAACAAAUCAAGUAACCCAGUGGCUUCUCCAAGCAAUCAAAUAAAAAAAGGGUCCAUGAUACGGCAUUGUUUACUACACCACUUUCAACCUUUUUGGGCGUAAGUUUUGAAAAGCCCAAUUGAAGAACAACUUUUACUUUUGUUUUUCUAUUUGAAAUGAUAGCUUUUGGCGGUGAAAUGGGAAAAUGAAGCCGCGGAGCCUCCUCUCACAAUCGCCGACGACGAGCCUGAAGCUAACCACCGGCUGCGAAACCCUCGACGCAUGUCUCCACGGCGGAUUCCCCUGCGACUCUCUAACCGAAAUCGUAGCGGAGAGCGGCUGCGGGAAAACACAGCUCUGCCUUCAGCUCUCGCUCUGCGCCCAGCUUCCGAUUUCAAACGGCGGACUCGACGGCUCAGCUCUCUAUCUCCACUCCGAGUUUCCCUUCCCGUUCCGCCGUCUUCACCAGCUCUCGCGAUCGUUUCACCUAUCGAACCCUAGUAUCUACGCGGACCACAACGAUAAUCCAUGCGAUCAUGUGUUUAUACAAAACGUCCACAAUGUAGACCACCUGUUCGACGUAAUGUCUAAGAUAGAAUCUUUUGUUAAAAACUCGAAAACGAGGCUUCCUCUGAAGCUGAUUGUGCUUGAUUCCGUCGCGGCGUUGUUCAGAUCGGAGUUUGAGAACACGCCGUCUGAUCUCAGGAAGAGAGCUUCUUGUUUUUUCAAGAUAUCUGGGAAGUUGAAGCAGCUGGCGAAUAAGUUUGGUUUGGCUGUGGUGAUUACGAAUCAGGUUACUGAUUUUGUUGAGUCUUCUGAUGGGUUGAGUGGGUUGAGGAUUGGGAAUUUGAGGUGUUUGUAUUCGUCUGGGAGACGAGUUGUUCCUGCUUUGGGUUUGGCUUGGGCUAACUGUGUGAACUCUAGAGUUUUCAUCUCACGAAGUGAUGAUAGUAUCUGUCAAGAGAGAAGGGAGGAUGAUGAGAGGAGCGGUUCGAGUUAUGUGUCUAGAAGAGCUAGGAGACGGUUUGACAUUGUUUUCUCACCUUAUUUGCCUGCUUCUUCUUGCGAGUUCGUGAUCACAGGGGAGGGGAUUUGUGGAGUUAGGUGAUCUAUGGUGCUACACAGGAUGUUUGAGUGAUAUUUAUUCAGAUUUUUUUUGGAGGGGGGAUGGGCUGCAGCAAGUCAAGUUCUUUCAUAUUUCUCCUCUUGUGUAUAUGUGAUAUUUAAAAAAACUCAUAUUUGCUUGUCUUUAGUUUAUAAACAUUCUAUAAACAAGUCAUCAUGAUAUUGCGGUCUGUAAGAAAUCCUUUGCAUUUCAUGAUAUUGAUAAUGAUUUGCAAAUUGCAAUGGAAGUUUAUUGCAUGCUUC